AUGAGCGACCUAGACAGAGCAAUCGCCCAGCUUCGAGCUUGUCGACCGAUCCCCGAAGCUCAGGUCCGAGAACUAUGCUACAAGGCACGAGAGCUUCUUAUUGAGGAGGGCAAUGUGGUCUCAGUUGAUGCGCCAGUCACGAUAUGCGGUGAUAUACACGGCCAGUUUCAUGACCUGAUGGAGCUGUUCAGAGUCGGCGGAGAUGUGCCCGACACAAACUAUCUGUUCAUGGGGGAUUUCGUCGACCGAGGCUUCUACUCUCUCGAAUCUUUCCUCUUACUACUAUGUCUCAAAGUUAGAUACCCGGAUCGCAUAACCCUGAUACGAGGAAACCACGAAUCGAGACAGAUAACGACUGUUUACGGCUUUUAUGAUGAGUGUAUCCGAAAAUACGGAAGCGCGAAUGUAUGGCGUUAUUGCUGCGAGGUAUUUGAUUACCUUGCCCUGGGCGCGCUGGUGCUCGGCGCAAGCUCAGAACUGGAAGCGACAAGUCGCAGCGAAGAGGUGCAAAUGGACGCAGAGCUGGAAACCGAAGUGCUCAAUUCCAAGGGCGAGGUCACGUCAAUGUCCUACCGAACUCGAUACCGAUCGUCGUCCGACGCCUCCAACGACGCGCGAGACAUUUCCCCUCCAAGAGAUAUAUCCGCUGCCCCUGGAGACACCCCAUCCAGGCCGGGACCGGCUGGCACCGGCGCUUCAGGACACAGCUCCGGCAGCUUGGGUUCUUCUACGGGUGCUGUCUUGUGCGUCCACGGCGGACUGUCACCGCUGGUUGACACGGUUGACAAAAUCCGCCUGAUCGACCGGAAACAAGAAGUGCCCCACGAAGGCCCCAUGUGCGAUCUCCUUUGGUCUGACCCAGACGAGAUCGAGGGCUGGGGGCUCAGCCCACGAGGCGCCGGGUUCCUGUUCGGCGGCGAUAUUGUCAAGCACUUCAACCACAAAAACGAUUUGUCUCUGAUCGCUCGCGCACACCAGCUCGUCAUGGAAGGCUACAAGGAAAUGUUUGACGGCGGCAUUGUGACGGUCUGGUCAGCGCCAAACUACUGCUACCGCUGCGGUAACGUUGCUGCCAUCCUGGAACUCGGCGAAGACGCCAGCAAUGGAGGCACGGUUGCGCGAAGCAAUGGCGACCUCAGCCGUGCAGGCGGCGGCAUUUUACGAAGAAACACACAUCAACAGAUUUUGGGUCCAGGGAGACGAUACAGAGUUUUUGAAGCGGCUGCUCAAGAUACCAGGGGAAUGCCGGCGAAGAAGCCGGUUGCCGAUUAUUUUCUGUGA